AUGAGGCCGCCGCUGGCGUCGUCUUCUUCUUCUUCCAUUGCUGCCGCCGCUGCAACGGCUCCCUCCUCCUCCCCCUCUGCUCCUCCGGCCACAACCAGGAGAGCACUGCUCUUGUCCACCUCACCCCUCACGCUCGCUGCCGUCGUUCCUGCAGUAGCGCAGGCCGCCGCCAACCCCUUCUCCACGCCCUACUCCCAGUCCCGGACACUGCAGCUCGGCCUCGACACCAAAGGGAAGAUUCGGACAUGCCCCUCCACCAAUCCCGGGUGCGUCUGCACCAACCCCACCGUCGGCGCCUCCUCCUCCGUCGCCUCCCCGCUCAUCAUCCCGGAGUCCACCUCCGCCGACGCUGCCGCUCAGUUGUUGCGGCAAGCCAUCCUCAAGACGCAGAAGAAUGUCAGCUUCAACAUUGAUCAGCAAACUCCCCACGGCCACUACAUCCAGGCGGAGGUGGACGGCGGCUUCGGCCGGGACGUGAUGGAGUUCCUUGUGAAGAAGGACGCCGGCGUGGUGGCCUACCGCUGCGUCGCCACCAAGGUCACCUUCGUCUACCCCUUCACCACCGCCAUCGGUGACUCGCGGGGCCAGGAGCAGAGGGUCGCCGCCGUCGCGCAGGAGCUCGGCUGGUACGCGCCCGACAUAAGAUCCUCCGUCGACGACGUUGCUACAUAA